AAGGGAGACAGGGCGGGCCGAGGGAGCGGCGCCGUGGGUUGGCUGCUGCCCCGAGGCCGGACUCAACGGACCCGGGCCGCGCCGCCGGGCCAGCUCGCCGCCCGGCCCCAGCCCGGAGCCAGCGAGUGAGCGAGGCGGUGCCGCGCGGUUUGAUUGUAAAUGCAUCACCAAGAGGCAGCCCAGAAUGAAGAAAGCAAACAGGAGUGCUGGCUCAGUGCCUAAGGUGUCUGGAGUAGGCAAACCGCAAACAGUAGAAAAAAGCAAGCCUGAAAACAGCUCUUCAGUACCCACAGGAAGCAAACCUGUAAAGCCUGGAAUAGCAUCUUUGUCGAAGACCAAGAGCAGUGAUGACCUCUUAGCUGGAGUGGCUGGAGGAGUGAACGUGACCAAUGGUGUCAAAGCUAAGAAAAGCACCUGUUCAUCUGUGGCGCCUCCAGCACCUGCACCUGCCAUGACCGUCGCGGAGAGCAAAUCCAAGAUCAGCACAGGCACUAGUUCCUCAGCCAAACGGAGUACUUCCGCUGGUAAUAAAGAAUCCAGUUCUACUAGAGAAAGAUUGCGUGAACGCACCCGGCUAAACCAGAGCAAGAAACUGCCCUCUGUAAGUCAGGGACCUAAUGAUGUGGCAUUGGCCAAGCGUUCGCGAAGCCGCACUGCUGCAGAGUGCGACGUUCGAAUGAGCAAGUCUAAGUCGGACAAUCAGAUCAGCGACAAAGCUGCUUUGGAAGCCAAGGUGAAAGAUCUCCUCACCCUGGCCAAAACCAAGGAUGUGGAAAUUUUACAUUUGAGAAACGAGCUCCGAGACAUGCGUGCUCAGCUGGGCAUUAGAGAAGAUCGCUGUGAAGGUGAUGGCAAGUCCGAGGAGAAGGAAGCCAUUAUUGCCCACCAUCCGACUGAUGUGGAGUCUACUCUGCUGCAGCUGCAGGAACAGAACACAGCCAUCCGCGAGGAGCUCAACCAGCUAAAAAAUGAAAACAGAAUGCUAAAGGACAGGUUGAAUGCACUGGGCUUUUCCCUAGAGCAGAGGCUGGACAAUUCUGAAAAACUAUUUGGCUAUCAGUCCCUGAGCCCAGAAAUUACCCCUGGCAACCAGAGUGAUGGAGGAGGAACUCUGACAUCUUCAGUAGAAGGUUCUGCCCCUGGCUCAGUGGAGGAUCUCCUGAGCCAGGAUGAGAAUACGCUCAUGGACCAUCAGCACAGUAACUCCAUGGAUAACCUGGACAGUGAGUGCAGCGAGGUUUACCAGCCCCUCACUUCCAGUGAUGAUGCUCUGGACGCCCCCUCCUCUUCAGAGUCAGAGGGCGUCCCGAGCAUAGAGCGCUCUCGGAAGGGGAGCAGUGGGAAUGCGAGCGAAGUGUCUGUUGCUUGCCUCACAGAGCGGAUUCACCAGAUGGAAGAGAACCAGCACAGCACCAGUGAGGAGCUGCAGGCAACACUGCAGGAGCUCGCCGAUCUCCAGCAGAUUACCCAGGAGCUCAACAGUGAGAAUGAGAGGCUGGGCGAGGAGAAGGUCAUCCUGAUGGAGUCGCUGUGUCAGCAGAGUGAUAAGUUGGAGCACUUUGGCAGACAGAUUGAAUAUUUCCGUUCCCUUCUAGACGAGCAUCACAUUUCUUAUGUCAUAGACGAAGAUGUGAAGAGUGGGCGCUACAUGGAACUGGAGCAGCGCUACAUGGAUUUAGCUGAGAAUGCCCGCUUUGAGCGAGAGCAGCUUCUAGGUGUCCAGCAGCACUUAAGCAACACUUUGAAGAUGGCAGAGCAAGACAACAAGGAAGCUCAGGAAAUGAUAGGUGCCCUCAAAGAGCGUGGCCACCACAUGGAGCGGAUCAUUGAGUCCGAGCAGAAGGGCAAAGCAGCCCUGGCAGCCACGUUAGAGGAGUACAAAGCUACCGUGGCUAGCGACCAGAUAGAGAUGAAUCGCUUGAAGGCUCAGCUGGAGAACGAGAAGCAGAAAGUGGCUGAGUUGUAUUCUAUCCAUAACUCUGGAGACAAAUCUGAUAUCCAGGAUCUCCUGGAGAGUGUCAGGUUGGACAAGGAAAAGGCAGAGACCUUGGCCAGUAGCCUGCAGGAAGAUCUGGCUCAUACCCGAAACGAUGCCAAUCGGUUACAGGACACCAUUGCUAAGGUAGAAGAUGAGUACCGGUCUUUCCAGGAAGAAGCCAAGAAACAGAUUGAAGAUUUGAAUAUGACAUUAGAAAAAUUGAGAUCAGAGCUAGAGGAAAAGGACACCGAAAGGAGUGACAUGAAGGAAACUAUCUUCGAACUUGAAGAUGAAGUAGAACAACAUCGAGCUGUGAAGCUUCAUGACAACCUCAUUAUUUCUGAUUUAGAGAAUACAGUUAAAAAACUGCAAGACCAAAAGCAUGACAUGGAAAGAGAAAUCAAGACCCUUCACAGGAGACUUCGGGAAGAGUCUGCGGAAUGGCGGCAGUUUCAGGCUGAUCUCCAGACCGCAGUGGUUAUUGCCAAUGACAUCAAAUCUGAAGCCCAAGAGGAGAUCGGUGAUCUAAAGCGGCGGCUACAUGAAACCCAAGAGAAAAAUGAGAAGCUCACGAAAGAACUGGAGGAAAUCAAGUCACGCAAGCAAGAGGAGGAGCGUGGCCGGGUGUAUAACUACAUGAAUGCUGUUGAAAGAGAUUUGGCAGCCUUGAGGCAAGGGAUGGGCCUGAGUAGAAGGUCCUCGACUUCCUCAGAGCCAACUCCCACAGUAAAAACCCUCAUCAAGUCUUUCGACAGUGCAUCUCAAGUACCAAAUGCUGCUGCAGCUGCAAUUCCUCGAACGCCUCUGAGUCCAAGUCCCAUGAAAACCCCUCCCGCAGCUGCCGUUUCCCCCAUGCAAAGACAUUCCAUAAGUGGACCAAUCUCAGCCUCCAAGCCUUUGACAGCCUUGUCAGAUAAGAGAUCAAACUAUGGAGAACUUCCUGUGCAAGAGCAUCUAUUAAGAACAUCUUCAACCAGCCGCCCUGCUUCUCUCCCAAGAGUCCCUGCAAUGGAAAGUGCCAAGACCAUCUCAGUGUCUCGACGAAGUAGUGAAGAAAUGAAACGGGACAUCUCUGCAUCUGAGGGAGCGUCACCGGCCUCUCUCAUGGCUAUGGGCACCACGUCACCACAGCUGUCCCUCUCUUCCUCUCCCACGGCAUCUGUCACUCCAAGCACCCGGAGCCGAAUAAGGGAGGAAAGAAAAGACCCCCUCUCCGCAUUGGCAAGAGAAUAUGGAGGAUCUAAGAGGAACGCUCUGUUGAAGUGGUGUCAGAAGAAGACAGAAGGCUAUCAGAAUAUCGACAUCACAAACUUCAGCAGCAGCUGGAACGAUGGGCUGGCUUUCUGCGCGCUGCUACACACCUAUCUCCCCGCCCACAUACCGUAUCAAGAACUGAACAGCCAAGAUAAGAAAAGGAACUUCACUCUGGCUUUCCAGGCAGCUGAAAGCGUUGGAAUCAAAUCCACUCUGGACAUCAACGAGAUGGCACGCACAGAGCGACCCGACUGGCAGAAUGUAAUGCUGUAUGUCACAGCCAUCUACAAGUAUUUUGAAACCUGAGCACACAGGAGGAGCUGCUACCAGCUAGGGACCUCUGCAGUCACCAAGUGACACCAACACCGUUAGCUAGAACCCCUAAAGCUUUCAGCGACUCUGGCCUCCCUGAAGGGAGUGUGCCCAGCUCUAGGCCUCCGAAUUGGAACUGGAACUGCAGACCAGGCUCUUCCACAUGGCCGUUCUUGGGAGCAGGAAGCACAGGACACGGCCAGCUUAUUUCCAGAGGCCGUGCAGCUCCAGCAGCGCCCUGGAGUGUAAAAAACAUGAAGGCUUGUGCCGGCUCAUCUUGGAAAAUGGGAUUAAACUAUGGAAACCGCGGGUUAGUGAAAGCUUUAGCCAUUGCACUUCUUGACUGUCAUCCAUGUGAUUUCCAGGGCUGGGACAGAGCUGGCCUUGGUCCCUUUGUGUGGGCCUGGGUUCUAUUGUGUCAGAGAAAAGGGUCAGUACCCCUUCCAUAUGAGAGGGCCAUCCUAACCACUGUAGUUAACUUAGAGGCAUCAAAAAACCCAGCCUACAGGCCCACAGCUAGCUGAGUCUUCAUGCCACCAAGCAGAUUUCUGUCUGUAAGAAGCAGGUGGCACACUCAAUGGGUGCCCAGCCGCUUGCCUCCAGCCCCAGGGAAAAGACCAGUCACAAGUUGUUGUUUUUUUGUAAGCAAUAUUGGGGAAAAGAGCUCCUGUUCUGGUACUACCAAAGUUACUUGUUCUAGUAAGGAUAGAAACGCAACACAAAAUGUGGGCGAUAGCAUGGUGAGAGUAAGUAUUCAUGCAGCGGGGGAAAAGAGGACGUGCUUUAGGGAGCCAGAGAUUCAAGUCAUUGAUGGUUGCCCCUCCGGGGCAGGAGUUAAGACAGUGCCUUAGCCCUGCACCAGGACAGCCGAGCCCACACCUGCAUGAGUGUCCUACAUGUUGGUGGGGACUCUGGUGGAAGUGGCGCCAUGCUGUGCCUGGGCUAUGGGGCCUACAUCACGAGCCAAGGCCUUACUCAAGUCUGUUGAUUUCUGGCUGGAAUUUAGCAGCCCCUUUUCGGGACUAGGAAGCCCUUAUUUCAUGUGCCUGACACAGAAGCUGUUGUCUGAACAGUGUCAAGACCUGUUACUUCCAGGAUAUACUUGGUUGUCACCUGCAAGCCACCAUGAGGAAGACUGGCCAUCAGUUGAAAUGGGAUCACAACAUCAAUACCUAGAUGGAUGUCGGGAAUGCCUUCCAGGAGGCGCGCCCAGUCCACACAUGGACUGAGUGAGGAUCCAUGUUCAAGCAAAAUGCUUAAGACUGGGAACUUGGUGUAUCUGUGGAACCUAGAAGAAAGUACUUUGAACGUAAUUAUUAGCAAGUGGUCUGUGUCUGUGUGUUGCCGUCAGAUGGCCAGUCCCAUUCAGCUAGCCUGCCUAAACGUUUCAGUGCGGCAGCUCAGGCUGCAGAGUGUGCCAGAAGAUCCUCAUUACUCUGUCUGUCCCAGUGCCUCCCUGGUCCUCCUCGGCCAGUUCUCUUCCUGCUCUGCCGAUGAGCAGCUGUCAGGGUGAUUGGCUAUUCAUGAGAGAAUCCCUCUGAGCUUCCAGCCUCUGCUGCGUUUGCCCUCACUGAGGCCUGUGCACUGUGCGUGAGGGUGUUUGACCCAAGGCCAGGCUUUAUUUAUUAUGUCAUGAAGAACGGUUGUCUUGUUACAGAGGCUUUCCUGGGCUUGCAGCUCUCAGCUUCUGCCCCUUGCUGGCUACGUGAGCUUCAUGCCAGAGUAGACGUUUGCCUGAGCUUCUGAAAGGGUUUGGAGUAAGUUGGCUGCUGCUGAAGGGCUAUGUUCAUGUAGAGAUAACAUUUCUGUGGAAUCUGUAGGCCUGGGAUAGGCCUGGAGUAUGUAGAAGGGACAGAUGGUGGGCUAGGAGACCAAUUCGCGCACGUGCACGCACGCACAAACACACACACAACUCUGGGCACUAUCACAGCCAGGGCCAUGCUGCCCACGUUUAUGUGAGGAUCCACAAGUCUACAGGUGACUCCAGCAGACCAUUGCCCUCUCCUUCUCGAAUAGGACCCUGCAAGAGCACUGCUGGCCCCGUGGGCGUGCUUAUAGAUGGCCGUAUGUCUUAAAAGUAGUAUUUGAGAGUUGGUGGAGUGCCUGCCCACCCUGUCAAGGCCCUGGGUUGGCCCUACCACCACAUAAACUGGGCGAGGCGGUGCACACCUGUAACUCCAGUACUUGGGGAGUGGAGGCGGGGGGACAGGAGUUCAGGUUACUGCUGACUGCAUGGUGAGUGUGGUGGCAGCCCUGGCAUGUGGGACCCUGCCCCCAGAACGGUCAUAGUUGGAUCUCCUCUCGUUCUUUCUGGGAAGCUCCAAGAUGUAAGCUUGCCUCUCUUCCCCAAAGCACAAGCAUCCCUACAGAAGGGCCAGUCACCCUUCUGCUGUUCUGUCACGGGCUUCUGCUGAUGACUGAUACUUUGUCAUUUUGUUGUAGUAAAUACUCUUGAAUGUAUUAAAUUGUCAUGCUUUGAUUCCCUAA